UGUUAAUGGCUUCAGUGAACAGACUGCAUUUCGUUUUAUUAUUUAGGUAAUAUUCAUGUUUCCUUGUAUCUAGUUUCAUGACUCUUGUAAUCUGAUCCUGAGAUGGAUAAAACAAAUGCUUGAUGUUCGAUUAUGCUUCAAGACUUGUUUUUCUUUCUUUCUUGGCGUACAUGCUGUUGGGACCAUGGUAGUUAAUAGUUAUUGAGGUAGGAACGAACGAUAUAUCAUGGCAAAAUGUUUCGAAAGAACGGCCGUUAAAAUCAGUUAGAAGGCGCCGAGCGCUCGGCGGAAGCUUACCAUGAUGUACCGUAAUCGCGCAACCAAUCGGUUUCACUAAAUAAUUCAUUUUUUCCAUAGUUUUGAGCGCUUAAAAUGUAUUAAAGCCUAGGUUAAACUUAUUAAUUUGAUGCAAACCAAGAAAACUCACAAAUUUGAUGUGGUUUUCAAUAUUUUUUAAACCAGACCGAAAACUGAACCGAUAAUUAUUUAGAUCACAGUUCAAUAUGAUUCAAUCGGAUCAAAUCUGGUUCAAUAUAUUUCUAAUACAGAAAUUCAAAGUUAAAGUAUUUGGAUUAGGACAUGUCCGAACGGACGAGUUUUAAUUCAUAGAACUCAAAUUGCCAUAAAAAUAAAUUAUUUAAUAUCAUGUACCUUUAAAAUGAAAUAGCUUAAAUUUGUCUUUUGAUCUAUUUUGAUCAUAAUCUUGUGUAAAAUAUUUAAUGUAUUGUAAUUUUUGAAAAAGUUUCUAUAAUUUGGUGAUUUGUUUUAAUAUGCUAUGAAAAGACACAUUUUAUAUAAUUUAAACAUUCACUAAUUUUAUGAUAUCUUUUCAUAUAUAUUUGUCUAAUUUUAGAUAUUUUAACUUUAUUUCAUUUUUUUGUAAAUUUAAGCUAUUUGUGUGUGCUAUUUUUUUUUAAUAUAUACUCGAUAAAAUUGAAACAGAUUUUUGAUGAAUUUAUGGGUAACAGGCCUGACGGCGGAGCCGAAAAUAAAAACAGAAAACCUAAACAAAAGUUACAUUUUAAAAAUAAAAAUUUGAGUUCCCAGAAGUACAGGGUCGUCCCUGGGCCUUCUGCAUAGUUAUGGGCUUUUGAUAUAGUUUUGCUAUCCCCUUGUUAGAAAAGUUAGGUUUCCUUAUAACGCUACCACAAUAACCUCACAAUAUCCUUCACAUCGAAGCUGCUAGAUCUUCAUCUCCGUGAGACCGACCAUGGCUGGAAACAGUUCUGGCGUCAUCACUAUCCCUCUCGAUCUAGUGGUGGAUAUACUCGAGAAACUCCCUACCAAAUCUCUAGCGAGAUUUCGAUGUGUUUCGUAUCAAUGGGAAAGUAUUAUCAAUAACUACAUAGUCAUUGAUUCCAUCCUGACUCGGCGAUCAAAUCAACCACCACGUGAUCCCCACUUCUUCAUCGAGAAGCUUUUGAAUCAACCGCAGCGUGGUCUCCCCUUCCGUUCGUCCCCUAGACCGUCUUCCAUCUUAUCGUAUACCUACCUUUAUCACCAAGUCACAGACGAAGAGCAACUCUAUCACGAGGAGAUCAUCGGAAAAUACGAAGGCUAUCUCGAAGACUUUCAAUACGUACGUGGCUUGAUAGGGUUUUCGUGUUAUUCAGAUAAUGGUCAGUUCAGAAUAUACAACCCUACCACGAGGCAGUCUCUUUCCUUGCCCGUUACGCGUCUACCAGGAUCCUUGUUCUACUUAUUCGGGUACGACACUUUCAAGAAUCAGUACAAAGUCUUGUGUCUAACACCGCGUCGACAGGAACAGUCUUGUAAGCUUUUCAUAUUGGGAGAUGUCUCAAACGAGUGGUGGGACAUCCAAUGCGGCGUUGGAGGCCACUUCCCUUUGGAACAAGCUGUUUGCAUCAACGGGACAAUCUAUUACAAAGCAAGGAAAAUAGACUGGACUCAUGUUUUGGUGAGUUUCGACGUUAGGCAUGAGGUAUUUAAUCAUGUUCAGACUCCGGAAAAUCUGUGGUUGUCUGGUGACCAUGGAGAUUCGACUCUUGUAAACUACCAGGGGAAGUUAGGGUGCGUAUGUCCAAAAAACUUCAGCCUGAACACGGUGGAUGUUGAUAUGUGGGUUAUGCAGGACGCUGAGAAGCAAGAGUGGUCGAAGGUUACAUUCUUAGACAUGCUUCAUGGUUUACCGAGUUUGAAUAUCAGAUUUGCGGGUGUCACUAAUCCUGGAGGCGAAAUCGUUCUAGUCCACAAAGAUUAUCUCAGUGAGUUGGCAAUAAAUGUUUAUUAUUAUGAUCCGAAAACAAGUGGUCUUAGAAGAGCUGAAAUCCAGACUACAACAUCGUUAUAUAGAGUAAGGCCUAGUGAAAAUGUUACAAUCAGGGCUGUGACGGAUCAUGUUGAGAACAUCAUGCGGCUGUAAUUCUCUGCUUUAGUUAUUAGUUUUGGAAUACUAAAUAAAAUGCCACUUAUUUAUUUUUGUGGUUAUUUAGUCAUGACUGAAACACAAGUUAUAUGUGUCACGUCUCAUUUUGUUUGAUUCUGGAGGAUAAUGAGUCAUUCAAGAUGUUGAUAUCAUCUGGAAGGGCCGUUGUUCGUCUUGCUUUCUCUCUUUUUUUUUUUUAGUUUGUUAAUUGCUUUAGUGAUCAGACAGCAUUUCGCCUUUCUUUUGGUACUAUUGAUGUUUAUUUGUUUCUAAUUUCA